UAAAAAUAUCACUAGUAGACGCAGAGGAUUCAUUUAUUUUUAGUAAUUAUGCCUGCRUACAAAGAAAUUCUAAMCAUAGUUUAUAAUUAGCAUUUCAUGGUUUGAUUGCUUACAAUUAUCGUAUUUUCGUACUUUAUAAAAAGCGUCAAAAUAAACCAAGUGUGUUGGUUUUCAGAUUUGUAAUAUCUGGAUCUUGUAGCAUAAAGAAUGUUUCAAUCUCGAGUCAUCGUUUUGAUAAUAUGAGAAUUUUGAUGUUUUUUUAACCGUUAAAAAGCAUAUCUAGUACAGGGAAGUAAAAUGUUCAUUAUCGCUUAAAAUGUAAGGGGAUUCCCCGUUUAUAUAUUUUGACGUCAUUUCUUUCAUCUGUGUACGAUCUGCAGUUUCGUCUCUGUGAGAUGGAACGGGGAUACAUGGAUCGUGUAACGCCURUGAGUUUUCAUACUAUAAGCAACUUUGUUAUGAAGUUAGGUAAUAUAAAAGGAUGACUUUCAUAGCUGAGAUUAAAUUACAUUUCGACGUUAUUGGAUGUCAACUAGAUGCCAAGAAGUGGGCAGGAUCAGAAAGAAACAUGAGAAGCAUGAUACAACUUUGGAUUCUACUAUUCUCWCUCUUGUUCCACACUCAGCAAUCCUCAAGCACCCGCUCAAAAGCAAUGAAUUCAUUGUCACAAUGUUUGCAGAUGCCCAAAACUACCAACCAUCCGAGACAAAUACUAAAAUACAUCCUGCAGAACAACCUUAUUACUGUAGGCCCAGCACUACCUACAGCAAUGCCUACAAGAAUUGUCCGACGAUCCUUGCCACAGGAAACCCACUGCCCAUUCACGUUCGAAGAAGAUGAGAAGGGAAAYAGGAUACCAAGAACCCUUGUGUAUGCGGUCUGCAAGACGAAAAAGUGUAAAAGCCCGCUGGCAUGUCAACCAGUGUUUUACAGUCAGAUGGUUUUGGAGAAAAAGUGUGAUGGAGUAUGGGAAAUGAAGCAAAAGAGACUCCCCGUGGCCUAUGUGGGAGUUUAUUAAGGCUUAAAAUUAGUCUUAGAGAUAGGCUCCUACGCAGACGAUCGUCRUGGAGUAAAAUUUUAGGUCGCGUUAGCCUUCGUAGUAUGUGUUUCUAGCGAGAAGAAUUGGAAAGAAUGAGGCUUUUCUGGUCGCAUCCUUUCGCACUCACCUCGCAAGGAACGCCUGCUUUACAGACUAUAUAGAGAUGCGUCUGCAUAGGAGACUAAGAUCCGAUUCAAACGUUGAAUCUUACACGCGUUGAGGCAAAARCAAUUGACAUGAUAAUAAUUAGGAACAAGAACCAAAUGUUCAAAAUAAAACCUUUUCUUGGUUUAUUAUAUAAAAAGAAGAAACAUUGAGCUAUCGUUUCAGAUAUGCAUGCAUUGUAAUUUAAAGAAACAUUUGUUAUUAAACUCAUUGUUAAU